GCGGCGUAGGUCUCGCGGUGCCAUGGAGCCUCAGCCGCCGGCCGAGCAGGUGCUCCGGCAGCUCGGCCAGCUCCUCUCCCAGCGGCCCGGUGUGAUCACGGAGCUGGGGGCAUUGCUGGAGGCCGCGGAGCCGCGGUGGCUGUUCGGGGCCGGGAGCCCUGCCGCGCUCGGCGAAUUGGCGGCCGCGCUGAGCGCCUUCGCGGCCCUCCCGGAACGCGAGCAGGACGCGGUUGAGCUCCGCGACGGGGACGGCGCCUACGCGGCCGCAGCUGAGAGAGCAGCCGAUGUCGGCGGUGUGUUCCUGCGGCUCCUCGCUAAGCUAGAGGCUGCCAAGGCCGAGGAGUCGCUGGGGCCCGCCGUGGAGCCGGUCCUGCGGAGUGUGAUGGGGCACAUCUACGUGCUGGCGGUGACGCACAUCGAGGAGGCCGCCUGGACCGGUGUCAGGUCCCGCGCUGUGGCCACGGAGCUGCUGGGGGCUCUGGUGCGGGCCGCGGGCUGCCGGACUCUCGCGGAGCUCCUUCGGGGGAGGAAGGAAGAGGAGGAAGGAGGAUUCGCGGCGGUGAUGAGGCUGCUGAGGCCGCGGCUGGGCAAAGACACCUGGAAGCGCAACCCAGCCACCAAGCACGUCUUCUCCUGGACGCUGCUGCACAUCACCCGGCCAUGGCUCAGCCAGCACCUGGAGCGCGUCCUCCCCGCAUCGCUGCUCAUCUCGGAUGACUUUCGGGAGGAGAACAAAGUCCUGGGUGUGCACUGCCUGCACCACAUCGUUCUCAAUGUGCCAGGUGCUGAUCUGUGCCAGUUCAACAGGGCUCAGGUUGUGUACCAUGCCCUUUACAAUCACCUCUACUCACGAGAGGCUCCUCUCAUCCAGGCAGUACUGCUGUGCCUGCUGGACUUGCUGCCUGUCCUGGAAAGAGCGCAGCGGCAACAACCCAGGCCAACCUCACCCUGUGAUGAGGUGUUGCAGCUGGUUCUGACCCACAUGGAGCCAGAGCAUCGGCUCGCACUGCGGCGAGUGUAUGCCAAAACCCUGCCUGCCUUUGUGCAGAGACUUGGCAUCCUGAUAGCACGGCACCUGAAGAGGCUAGAGAGGGUUAUCCUGGGUUACCUGGAAGUCUCUGAUGGCCCUGAGGAAGAAGCCAGACUGGGAAUACUGGAGACACUGCAGUGCACCAUAGAGCGUGCUUGGCCCAGAAUGCCAUGCAGGCUCCCUGUGCUGCUCAAAGCCCUACUGAAGAUGAUCUGGGAUGUCCACACUGACCAGGGCUCAACACCAGAGCCAGUGAGAGCUGCCUUGCUCCAGAGAGCCACCGAGUGCCUCAUCCUGCUGGAUCGGUGCUCUGAAGGACAAGUGAAGAUUCUGCUGGAAGGUGUGUACAGCUGCUGUGAGGAGAACCGUGUGCGGGAAUGCAUCAGGAGAGUGCAAGAGAACACGUGAGGCAAGACAAGGUUCAUUCUGCUUUUUGUACAGUAAAAUAUGUUUUUUUAUUUAA